AUGCUAUUAGCAGUGUUAUUCUCACUGCAUGUGGCACAAGCCGCCUACUUUUCACAGUUCUCUAUGAGGGAACCUGAUCAUGAUCCAUGUUACGAAUCAACUGGACGACCAAUACGAUGUGUACCGGAGUUUAUUAAUGCAGCAUUUGGUAAACCGGUCAUUGCAUCCGAUACAUGUGGUAUGAACGGUCCAUCAAGAUUUUGCACUAUCAAGGAAGGCGCUGAUGGUAUUAUGCGAGAACGUUGUGAUGUAUGUGACGCAUCUGUACCUGGACAAUCACAUCCUGCAUCAUUACUUACUGAUUUGAAUUCACCUGGAAAUAUGACAUGUUGGGUCUCGGAACCGUCACUGAAUCCACAUAAUGUGUCACUUACAUUAUCACUUGGGAAGAAAUUCGAGCUCACAUACAUCUCGAUGUAUUUCUGUUCACGUUUACCGGAUUCGAUGGCGUUAUACAAAUCGACGGAUCAUGGAAAAACAUGGAUACCCUUCCAGUACUAUUCAUCUGAUUGUAAGAACAUGUUCGGGAAAGCAGCUGACGUAGCUAUAACAAAACACAACGAGCAGGAAGCCGUCUGCACCAAUGCGCAUAAUAUUGCUCCAGGCGGUAAUAGAAUCGCUUUUCCAUUCCUGGAAAAUCGUCCAUCUGCACUUCUAUUCGAAACAUCACCAGUACUUCAGGAUUGGGUCACUGCUACAGAUAUACGGAUUGUUUUCACUCGUCUUAGCGCCGAUCAAACGAAUCUAUAUGGCGCAUCCUCAAACGAUGUGAACGAUACGCCGAGUAAUACAACAACAACCGAGGAGAAUAUUAAGCAACGGUAUUUCUAUGCGAUGGGUGAGCUUGCGGUUGGUGGUCGAUGUAAAUGUAAUGGACAUGCAAGCCGUUGUAUUUUUGAUAAAAUGGGCCGAUUCACAUGUGAUUGUAAACAUAACACAGCUGGAACCGAAUGUGAAACCUGUAAACCAUUUCAUUUUGAUCGUCCAUGGGGCCGUGCCACAUCACAUAACGCAAAUGCAUGUGUUGCAUGCAAUUGCAAUCUUCACGCGAAAAGGUGUCGAUUUGAUCAGGAAUUGUAUCGAUUAAGUGGAAAUAGAAGCGGAGGAGUAUGUAUAAAUUGUCGACACAACACUAUCGGACGUAAUUGCCACCUAUGCAAACAUGGAUUCUAUAGGGAUACAAGCAAACCGAUCACAAAUAAGAAAGCAUGUAAAAGUUGUGGAUGUCAUCCUGUUGGAUCACUUAGCCGAAGCUGUAAUCAGACAUCCGGUCAAUGUGUUUGUAAGCCAGGAGUUACUGGACAAACAUGUAAUCGAUGUGCAAAAGGUUAUCAACAAAGCAGAUCUACAGUAACUCCAUGUAUAAGACUUCCGGCAAAAGGCGGCGGCAGUGUCACAGGAUCCUCCGAACAAGGAGAUUGCCCGAAAUGUCGAGUUGUUCCGAAAAGAUUGAAUCAGAAGAAAUACUGCAAGAGGGACUAUGCUUUACAACUAUUCGUUACUGGCAGAGAAAUGGUGGAUGGUUGGGCAAGAUAUCGUGUAGUCGUGGAGAAUGUUUUCAAGAAAGGAUUACGAGGUCGACGUGGUGAAACGUAUCUCUGGAUGUCAUCACAUUCCGUAAUGUGCAAAUGUCCAAAAAUUCGUGUCGGUCGUCGCUAUAUACUUCUUGGAAAAGAUGAUGAAGAUAACAACAGGCAGGGAUUUAUUGUGAAUGGGAAGACAGUAUUAGCAGAAUGGGAUGACGAUACCAUGGAUAAGGUGCUUCGUUUCGCUAAACGAGACAAACUUGGUCAAUGUCCAACAGUUCGAAGAUAUUAA